AUGUGGGAUUGGACAGCACCAACUCUGAAAUCGGAAAGGGAUACACUUUACUUGCAAACACGUCUUCAAGCAAGGGAGACUUUCAAUUUGAAAUCAUUCAAGGUAAUAAAGUGUCAGGACGGUGAGUAUAUUGCGGUAGCGGUGACUUCGGAAGAUAACGCCGACAAUGUGGAUGUCUUGAGAAUCUCCUCUACUUUUUUUAAAGUCGCGAGCAGGAUUGUCCUUCCAUUUGGUUCCGAGAAAUACUCUAUAAAGGCAAAUGACUCAUUUGUGUGUAUAGGGACUGACCGUGGCGCCGUACACAUUUAUCGAUUUGGCCGCACGGGUUUGGUUCUUGAAAAUGCCAAUACAGAUUCGGCUCUAUCGAAUAUUAAAAGAAAUUGCUGCAACAUACCUGGGGGAGACGAUAUUCGUGACUUCGGUGAUGAUAAUCUUAUCAUAAAAACAAGUUGUAGCGAUAGUAUGGCCAUAUUUGACAUUAUUCAAGGUUGGUUUGUUUAUUGUCCAACUAAAUCAGAGUAUACUUAUUUGAAGAAUAUGAAGAGCAAUAACAAGAACUGCAGAAACGUUCCGCUGGUAGAUGAAACUUCCGCGUCACAGGAUCCAAUAAUCACUAAUUUCAUGAGUCCGUCAGCAAAGAAGAGAAAGGCCAGCUUAUUUACUCCUGUAAAGCUAUCCGGAUCAACUCCCUUGUACAACAAGCUUGUGUCAUCUCUAUCGAAAACAACAUUGGACGGAAUCUUCAAAGUGUCAGAGUUGUCUUCAGCAAAAUAUAAAGAAUACAUGGAAAGCAAACUAGAGUUAAACAAUAUAGGUAAGUCGAUUGGUAAAAGCCUAUAUACGAACAUCCAAAAGGGUUCUGAAUUUUUGAAACCGAAUGACAACCAAAUUCUUACCAUUGUUGACUUAUACAAUGACCGGUCCCUUGCGACAUUCAAACCUCUGGGUGGUGUCUCACAAGUUUCGUUCUCACAAUAUGACUUGCAAUUGGCUACAGCAAAUUUACGAGGAGAUCUGCUAUAUAUAUGGGAUUUGUAUCGCUUACCGACUGAGAUUUCGUUAGUUGGUAAGUUUACCAGAGGUAAUACCUCAGCUAUCGUUCAAAAUAUAUUUUGGUUCAACGCUGAGGAUGAUAAUCGUGAUACACAUUCUGGGUUUGGCUGUAUUUCUAAAGCAACAGGAUCUGUUCAUUGGUAUAAUAUGAAUAAUAUGUUAGGAGAAGGUAAAGUAAGUGAACGUGGUAUUAAGAUAAAAAGAUCGAGAAGGGUACGCAGUGAGCUGCAAAAAAAUGAUUGGACUUUAUCUGCAUUCGAAGGAGAUAAGUUUUUGAAUGUACUAGAUGGGCAGAUUGGUGUGUUGACAAGAGCAGGGUCGUUGAAGAUGAUCAAUCCGACAAAUGGCCAUCACUACUAUGAAUACAGAAUUCCCCGCGAACCAAUUGCAGAGUUUUCCAAUUCUGACUCUUUUACACUAAAAGAAUUAAAAGGUUUGGCAAGGCUGAGAAACCCACUCGCACAAGCGGAGAUAGAAACUUGUGCACCUUAUCUAAACUUGAUCAAUCAUAGAAAUGUCGAAUUGGGAACGUACCUGUAUGAAAGCAUGGCAUUCGAUGAUUUUGGUAAUGAUAUUGAAGUUGAUUGCUUGAACGUUCGAUCUAUUCCUACUACACCAGAAAAUGUUUGUGAAAAGAGUAUAGAUGAAGUCAUAUCUGAAGCAAGUGCAUUAAACAAGAUAUACAUAGAUCAGGGAGACGAAGAGGAUGACUGA